AAAAUGGCUCGUUCAGUCAAGCUCAUGACUUUUGAUGCAUGGGAGACCCUUGUUCAUCCACGCAUACCCGUAUUCAAACAGUACAUCGAGACUGCGCAAUUGCAUGGACUCUCCAAUCUGGAUGAGACACAGAUUAAGCAGAGAAAUAUGGCAGCCAUCAAGCAGAUGGCGCGAGAGCUGCCACACUUUGGCUACAAGGCUGAUCACACCGCUGAACAUCGAGAAGCGGCUACGCAUGCUUGGUGGACACGAGUCGUACAGUCCACAUUUGAGCCUGCCCAACCCAGUCCUCAGCUGGUUGAUGCUCUCAUCAAGCGUUUUAACGGCAAAGAGGGCUAUAUGUUGCGGCCAAGAGUAAAAGAGACACUGGAUGUGCUCAAGUCACGCGGAUACAUGCUCGGUGUUCUUUCAAAUUGCGACUCGCGCAUUGUCAAUGUGUUGAAAGAGCUAGGCAUAUUCAACAGUUUCUCAUUCUCAACCGUCUCUGCAGAUUGUGGCUUUGCAAAGCCAGAUAGUCGAAUAUUCGACCGAGCUUUGGAACAAGCGCGUGCGAGUCUCCAGACAAAUGAAACGCUCUCAGAGAGUACGCAUGUUGGCGAUGAUUGGUCAAAGGACAUUGUGGGUGCGACACAUGCCAAGUGGAAAGCU